AUGAACGAAUAUGAUACACCAUCAGGAAGAACAGUCAACAUCGAAUAUUUUAACAUAUUAUGGCCUCAUUUGAAACAUUAUAAUCCAUAUUGUGGGUUAUGUGUGGUUACACGUUAUUUUGGUCAUGAUUAUAGUCAAUCAACUAGUCUUCUUCUUAGAUGUGUUCUUCAAUGUAGUGGUCGUGAUUGUAAAUUUGGAUGUAAAGUAUUUGUUAGGAAUGGUGGUGAAUGUUAUCUAAUCACAAGCAACAGCACAGUUUAUCAUCAUAUAGGUGAUCCAAUUUGCCGUCCUGUUCGUGGUUCACAACGUGAAAAAAUAAUGGAAAAAUUUAAAGCUGGCGGUUCUGUUUUUCGAGUACAUGCUGAAUAUGCUGAAAAAAGGACAACACUUGAAAAACAAGGUUUUAAUUAUGAUACUACUGGUAAAUCAAAAAAAGUUUUCAAAAAAAUAAAAGCUGAAGUAGUUGCACAAUCAUUACUUGCACCAGAUGUUGCAACAGGUAUUGAUCGUUUACAUGAUCAACUAGUUUUUGAUGUUAAAGGUACUACACUUCGUGGCGCACUUCAAAUUGUUCAAUCCCAUCCAUUUUGUUCAAUUGUUUUUACAGAAGCAUCUAUUCGUUUAUAUGAUGCUAUUGUUGAACAUAAAGAUUCUGUAUUGUCUUGGGACGCCACAGGUGGUGUUGUGAAGAAUUUUACAUCGAAACAAAUUUUGUAUUAUGAACUGACUAUUUCUCAUCCUAAUAUUGUCAAUGAAGAUUCGUUAAUACCAUUAACAUUUAUGUUAUCAGAAUCUCAAUCACUAUUUACUAUUACUCAAUGGUUAGGAGCAUUCAAAGAGAACCACAAAAAGAUAUUUCCGCACAAAAAAGACCGCUUUCCAAAACCUGCAAUUAUCUUAUCUGAUCGUGCACAAAUAUUUUUACAAGCAGCCUUGCUUAUAUUCAAUGAAGAAAACUAUCGACAAUUUCUUUCUAGAGCUUAUCGUAUUGUAACAAAACGAGCUCAUCCAACGGAUUUUUCCAAAACAAACAUUCAUGCUUGUUUAUCACAUUUCAUGUUGGACAUGCGAAAACGAGUAAAUAAACAUUUACCCGAUGAAAUACGUGAAUUUGCUAUGUGGGCCAUGGCCCUUAUGGUAAAUAGUAAUACUUACAACGAAAUAAAAGAAAACUGGCGUUUAAUUUGUCAAGUUUUUCUUAAUAAUACAACGAACAGCAACGUACAUUUCAAAAAAUAUUACACCAUUCUUCUGUCUCGUAUUUCGAAGAUAACCAUUGAUUCAAAUGCAUCUAAAGCAAUUAGCAAUUCGAAAGAUGGAAUUAGUGAUACCAAUGAUCCAUUUGAAUUCAACGACGAAGACGAUUCAUUUGAUACUGAUGAAGAAAAUGAGUUACAUUCAAAUAAACGCCGUAAAACAAGUCGAAAAAAGAAAAAAUGUAGUACUUCACAUGUUAUUGAUGAAGAAAAGGAGCUAAACGAAUUUGAUAGUCCAUUUAAAAAUGAUUUAAAUACUAUUUAUUAUGAAUGUUGUGAAGAAAGUAUUAAAAUUAAUGGUACACCAUCAUCAACAGAUAAAAUAUCGAAAGGAUCUCGUAUGUGGUUAUUGUUCAUAAAUCAACGAUGUAUGCCAACUGUUGCCAUAUGGUCGAAUUUGUUACUUGGAAACCUAUCACGUCAUGGUCAAUCUUCUGUUCAUGCAUUUGAUACUUUACUUGUUUCUACACAUGAUCAGAGAACAAAUGCUAUAUCGGAACGACGCAUGGGAAUUGUGAAAAGAACUCAGCUUGGAGUUGAAACUCGUACACGAGUUGAUCUGGUUCUACAAAUUCUUGUCUAUGAUAUGAUAAGAUUGGUGGAAACUUUUUCAGUUUCAUAUAUGGCAACAUGUUCUCAAACUGAUAAUCUUCAAAAUGAUCGUCAAUUAGUAUUAAAUGAAGUUCGAGAAAAAUGGAGACAACCAAAUCAUCGUGGUCAUGGAUAUUAUUGCAAACCUCCAAAUGAAUUAAUCAAAAACAAUCUUAAAAAUGCAUUAAUAAUGUGUCCUUCUACAAUUAAUAGUGGUCUUGUAAUACCUGUUCUUCCUGUUUCAAAUUGGCUUAAUGUUACCUUGGGAAUUUUAUUAUCAAUUAAAGUCUUUCGUGACACACUUCCUCAAUCAUCAUUAACAAUGCGAUCAAUAUCAGUGGAAAUUAUUCACUUUAUUAGUAACUGGAUGUUAUGUUUGAAUCGUAUUAAACCACCAAAGAAAACUAGUCCAGAACAGAAAGAAUUAUUAAAUUUUAAAUUUCACUUACCACUAAAUGUUCCAUCAGAUAUUGAUCAACAAAUAGCAUAUAUUCUCGAUAAAAUUCUUAUUGAAUUACUUGGUCGUCCAAUACCUGUAAAAAUAAUUUAUACUUGUACAUCUUGUCAAUUCAUUACUGAGACCAGAAGUGAAAUUAAUUAUAUUCUAAUUAGCAUGUUGAAGAAUCAAUUCCAUCUUGAUGAUCAAUUAUCAAAUUAUUUUACUGGUAAUAUAUCCGAUUAUAAAUGUACCAAAUGUCAUUCAUAUAUGCUUCGACAUAUAAAAAUAAUUGAUUGUCCGUCUGUAAUUAUUCUGAAGAUAGAUCAUAACAAAGAUUCAUCUACAACAUCAUGCAAAUCACCAGAUGCAAUUUGUUUUAGUCAAUUUAUGGACAAGUCUAGUAUUGGCUGUGUAUCAUCAACUGUAUUUGAUGUAGUAGGAUUUUUAUCUGUUUGCUCAAGUGCUGAUAUGAAAGAAAAAAAAUUAAUGUCUGUAACAAAAAUAAAACAACGUUGGUAUGUUAAUCCACUACAAAAGCUAAUAGGAAAUGGUAUAAAUUUCUCCAAGUCGUUUGCUACUAGUCGAAUUAUUAUUCUGGAACGUGUUCGAACUUGUAGCUCUAAUUUUUUAUAUGCAAUUGCUCAAUGUUGUUCAUUUACUAUGAAUAUAAAACAUGAUAGAAUUGAACCAUAUAAAACUUUACGUGAUGCAAUUAAAAUUAUCGAAAAUAAUGAAGAAUUUAGUGAACUUCGUCGUCGUCUACUUUCAACUUCUAUUACAUAUUAUAUUUGCAACAAAUGCAGUUCUUCAUCAGAUUCAUUAUCAUUGUUAUAUGAUUGUAUUCAUAUUUACGAACAAAAUUCAGACAAUACUUGUGUUUAUGGUAUGCCUUUAUUAUAUCAAGAAUUGCUUGAUUCUCAUUGUUCGAUCUGCAAUGAAAAAACAAAACGUAUAGUUUUACCUAUUCACAAUCAAAUACAUGUGCAAUGUCCAUCUAUCUUAAUGUGUUGUUUAUCACAUACAACAUUCAAUACUGUUAUUAAUUUUCAUGUUGAAUUAACUGAUCAUAUUAGAAAUAAACACGUAUAUAAGCCAGUAUCUGCAUUAUUAGUUGAUGAAUAUAAUACUUUAUCAGUUAUUAAAUUAAAGAACCGUUCUGUCUAUUGUUCAAGUCCAUAUGAAACAUCGAAUUUAGUCUCAAAUGAUGAAAUAAAUGAACUGUUCUAUACUGCUCGAACAGUAAUCGUUUUUCUCGAACACCAAACUGAUACUGAUAUGGACAAUGCCAUCAACAGCAAUAUCAAUGAACAUCGUCUACCUACAGUUUCACCACCACAUCAGGAAAUUAAUAACAUGAACAAUGUAAUCAACACUACUUCUAAUGUACUUCAUACACCUGCACUUUCAUCAGCACAUCAGACGACAACAACUGCAACUUCUACUACUCCUGUUUUACUACAACAACCAUUAUCCGUUUCUAUAUUCGACAAAACAAGCAGUAAAACAAUACUUGGUACUGUGCGUUCAUUGACUAUUGUAAAAAAAUAG